UUUGCCCUGAUCGUUUGGAGCUGCUGGGACUGAGUAAUAAAUUAAUUGUUAGCUAGCGACCUGUAUCAAGAACCUUACCAAAUAUUGACUAUUCAUUAUCGGCAAUAAGGGUUACCCCUGUCUGUGGUAUGAAAAGGUAGCUUUGGCCAUCUCGCCUGAAGUUGUGAUCAGAAAGCUGAAGCAUGGAUUCGCCUCAGGACGACUUCUCUCCACUCAAACGCUUUGUAGUGGCCAAGAAAAAGAUAAGUGACGUGUUUGAUCAACUGCUGGAGUAUGUGAAGGAAGGUUCUGUGUUUGUAGAAGAAACUUGUCGGAAUGACGCCUUAGAGAAUAUUGCAAGUCGGGAGCAACAGGAGCAGAUUCGGGCGUAUGCCGGCAAACUGCAAACUAUAAAAGAUGUGCUGGCACGCAGACACAUGAAGGUGGCCUUCUUUGGCAGGACGAGUAAUGGGAAGAGUACAGUGGUGAAUGCCAUGCUGAGGGACCGCGUGCUGCCCAGUGGCAUGGGUCACACCACCAACUGCUUCCUGAGUGUGGAGGGAACGGACUCGAACAAUGCUUACCUCAAGACUGAGGGCUCAGAGGAGGAGAAGAGCAUCAAGACUGUGAACCAGCUGGGUCACGCGCUGCACAUGGACCAGAGUCUGGAUGCAGGCUGCCUGGUCCGAGUCUUCUGGCCCAAGACCAAGUGUGCCCUGCUCCGAGACGACCUGGUCCUUGUAGACAGCCCUGGGACAGAUGUCACCACACAGCUGGACAGCUGGAUCGACAAGUUCUGCCUGGACGCUGACGUCUUUGUGCUGGUGGCCAACUCUGAAUCAACCCUAAUGAACACGGAGAAGCAUUUCUUCCACAAGGUGAACGAGAAGCUCUCCAAACCCAACAUCUUCAUUCUCAACAACCGCUGGGACGCCUCAGCCAAUGAGCCAGAGUAUAUGGAGGAUGUUCGAAAGCAGCACACGGACCGCUGCGUCAACUUCCUGGUGGAGGAGCUGAAGGUGGUGGACCGGGAGCAGGCGCCCAACCACAUCUUCUUUGUGUCAGCCAAGGAGGUGCUCAACUCCCGCAUGCAACGUGCCCAGGGCAUGCCUGAGUCUGGUGGAGCUUUAGCCGACGGUUUCCAGGAGAGGCUCAAGGAGUUCCAGAGUUUCGAGGGGAUAUUUGAGGAGUGUAUCUCUCAGUCAGCAGUGAAAACAAAGUUUGAGCAGCACACUAUCAGGGCCAAGCAGAUCACUGAAACGGUCAAAGCCAUCAUGGACGCAAUCAACAUCAAGGCAGCAGAGAGGAGAGUGGCCUCAUUGGAGGACCGUGAGUACCAGAUGGACCGUCUGGAGUUUGUGACGAACCAGCUCCAGCUGCUCAUAGAAGAUAUCAAGAAGAAGAUCAAGGCUGUCACAGUGGAGGUGGAGAGCAAGGUGUCCAGCGCCAUGGGCGAAGAGAUCUGUCGUCUCAACGUGCUCAUCGAGGAGUUCCGCUCGGACUUCCACCCCUUGCCCGACAUCCUCAAGCGCUACAAAUCAGAGCUGCUGAGCCACAUCGAGGAAGGCAUGGGUAAGAACCUGGCCUUCCGCUGCUCCAACGCCGUCAACGCCUCCGUGCAGUCCUCCCAGAGAGACAUGAUCGAGAGUCUGCAGCCUCUGCUGCCCCCUGCUGUUCAGAACCAGAUACAGAUGCUGGUGCCCUGUCACAAAUUUGACCUGAGCUACGACCUGAACUGUGCCACGCUCUGCUCGGACUUCCAGGAAAACAUAGAAUUCCAGUUCUCGAUGGGUUGGACGGCGCUGGUCAACCGCUUCCUGGGGCCCACCAACGCCAAUCGGGCCCUUAUGCUGGUCGACAAUAACUUCCCGAUGACGCGCUCCCUGUCCACCACACCCUCCAGCGGACCCUCCAGUGUUGCCGUUGCCCAGCCCCAGGACGCCGCGCUCUCCCAGGAGGACCUGAUGUCCGUGGCCACCAACCUGGCCUCCCUCGCCUCCCGCACGUCCAUGAGCAUGGUCAUCGUCGGAGGAGUGGUGUGGCGGACGGUGGGCUGGCGGCUCAUAGCCCUGUCGGCCUCCAUGUACGGCCUGCUCUACCUGUGGGAGAAGCUCACGUGGACCACCAAGGCCAAGGAGUGCGCCCUGAAGCGCCAGUUUGUGGACUACGCCACAGAGAAGCUGCAGCUGAUUGUCAGCUUCACCAGUGCCAACUGCAGCCACCAGGUUCAGCAGGAGAUGGCCACGACCUUUGCUCGGCUGUGUCAGCAGGUUGACCUGACAAAGAGGGAGCUGGAGGGAGAGAUCAGCCGACUGACCGCCAAGGUCCAGACUCUGGAGACCGUCCAGUCCCGCUCAAAGAUCCUCCGGCACAAAGCCACGGAGUUGGAGAGGCAGUUGGAGACUUUUACAGACCAAUAUCUGAAUCCCCAUCAUUGAUGAUCCUCUUCACUGGAGCCUGUCUUGGCAUUGACUCGCCAUGCCUGGACUCCCCCCUCAGAGAAAAUAUGUCCAUGCUUGAUAGUGUUCCUCCUGGAAUUUCCCCGCCUCAAAACAGAUGUUUCUCCAAAAGAUUUGGGGAAGUGUCCAGUCUUCCACACACACAUUAUUGAAAGACUUUGCAGAGAACAAACUGCCUGUUUGUUGAACUAACACAACUGCCUGUUGUGUUGCAAAUACAAACUCAAAUGUGAAUACAGUUCCAAAGUUGGAGACAUAAAACCUGGGCUGUGAUGAAGUUGGGUGCUGUAUCCUGUACAUUGAAACUACUGCUCUUUUUAACUGUAAAUAUGCGUUUUACUCAUGAAGUAAAUGUGUGUAUGUUUAGACAAAUGUAGGCAUGUGAUUUUCAUUCAGUGCUGAGUUUGUUCUGGUUCACCCUUGGUACUGGUACCCCCAUUGUAUGUAUUUUAAGACAUUCGGAAAGUAUACAGACAGCCUUAUUCUAAAAUGUUUUUGUUUUGCUCAUCGAUCUACACACAAUACCCCAUCAAGGCAAAUGGUGGCU